AUGUUUUCUAGCUUUGGAUCCUCCGUAUUUGGGGGAGGUAUGUCGGGCUUUGGAAUGCCUGCUAGCAACACAUUUGAAGAAUACUUUAGAUGUUACCCCAUUGCAAUGAUGCCAGAUUUGGUACGAAAGGAUGAUGCAAACUUCGGAGGCAAAAUAUUCUUACCACCAUCAGCAUUAAAUAAAUUGACCAUGUUGCAUAUUAGAUAUCCUAUGCUAUUUGAGCUAAGGAACGAACAGAAAGACUUGUUAACACAUAGUGGUGUUUUGGAAUUUACAAGUGAAGAAGGAAGAUGUUAUAUCCCCCAAUGGAUGACGGACACGUUGAAACUACAACCCGGGGGGUUGAUAAAAGUCAAAAAUUGUGAUUUGAAUUUGGGAAAAUUUGUCAAAAUAGAACCGCAAAGUGUUGACUUUUUGGAUAUUAGUGACCCCAAAGCAGUUUUGGAAAAUGUAUUGAGAAAAUUCUCCACUUUGACAGUGAAUGACGUGAUUGAAGUCAACUAUAACGAUUCUAUUUACGGCAUUAAGGUUUUGGAAGUGAAACCUGAGAGUGAUAAUCACGGUAUUUGUGUGGUGGAGACGGAUUUGGAAACUGAUUUUGCCCCUCCAGUUGGAUAUGUGGAGCCUGAAUAUAAACCAAAGAGUGUCACACCAUCCCUGCUGAAACCUAUUGACCCAUCUAGUGUAAAUAGAGGUGCUGGUGCUGCAACAAUGGCCAAGUCUAUUAAUUAUGCACAACUUGUGGGUGAUGCAAUAUCGAACGGUGGAUCUGCACCAAAGUUUGGGGGAUCAGGUCAAAAGUUAUCGGGAAAGAAAGUGGAAGAUGCACAAUCAUUGAAUGGGAAAUAUAACAUGGAUGAUUUGGAUCCAAAUGCUCCAGCAGUGCCAUUGAGUCUACCGGACAACCAACUAUUCUUUGGAUUCCCUGUGGUGUUACCUACUCAAGAGGAGAUUGACGAAGGUAUCAGAGACGAAGCAAAGAGUAAGGAGGCAUUCGCUGGAUCUGGUCAGUCUUUACGGCAAAGCAAGAAGCGAAAGGACAAAAAUACAAGUCAUCCAUCCUUGAAAAACCAUGAGCGAAGUCCCGAUGUUAUAGAGAUUGACUAG